AUGAUUGAGCAUUGGACAAAACCACUUCUUACAAAGUUCAAGAUCAAUGUCGACGGGGCCAUCUUCGAAAGUGAAAAUCGGUUUGGGUUUGGGUUCAUAGUUAGGGACUCGGCUGGGAAGCUUGUUCAAGCAGUUUCGGGGAGUAAAAUUGGCGUGGUUGCUCCUGAGAUUGUUGAGGUGGUGGGAAUGAAAGAAGUCUUGAGUUGGAUAAAGACGAAGAAAAUAACUGAUGUGGAAAUUGAAACUGAUUCUUUAGUUACUGUUCAGGCUAUCAAUGGUUCAGUUCAAAUGCCAUCUCAGUUUGGGUUACUUAUUCAAGACUGUCGUUCUUUAUUAUCUGAGUUACAAGAUGUUUUUAUUUCUUUUGUUAAACGAUCUGCAAAUAGGGCUGUUCAUUGCAUUGCAAGGCAAUCCUGUUUUAUGUCAGAUUGUAUGUUUGAUGAAUUUUCUGCUCCAUCACAUUUGCUUUCUAUUGUAAGGGAUGAUAUCAUUUUAAGUUGA